UACUUCCUUGAAAACUCUCCCCUGCUCUUCCCCUCUCGUCGUUUCAAAGAUGAAGAACGGGAAGAUGAUUAGGGGUUUCAUGUGCCAGUCCACAUCGGUAAACACCGCGUGCAUGGCGGUCGAUCCUCGCUCCAUUGUGAUGCCGAGGAGGCUCGACAGACUCCUCGUAGACGAUCACGGUAAAAGAUCACUCAACAAUGCAAGGUAUUCUAGGCUCGUUGAGUCUGGACGAUUUGUUGGAGCUGGCAUGAAGAGACCCAUUGUUACCACUCCUUUUGUAAGAAAGGAACAAAAUCAACAACAGAAGCCAAAGCACCUUCAUCAACCAGUUCAAGUAGCUUCAUCGGAGCUUGUUUUUCAGGUGGUUGUCAUGCGGGUGUCCAUUCAUUGUCAAGGUUGUGCUGGUAAAGUGAAGAAACAUUUAUCCAAAAUGGAAGGGGUUACAUCGUUCAGCAUCGACGUUGAGAGCAAGAGGGUGACGGUGAUGGGGCACGUAUCGCCGGCGGGGGUGUUGGAGAGCAUUUCAAAGGUGAAAAAGGCUGAGUUUUGGCCUUGUUGAUGAACCCAUUUACUUGAAAAAGGAAAACUGUGUGAGAAUUUGGGUAAAUUUCAUUUUAAUGUUAAUGUGGUCCUUAGUCGAUGGUUGAGGUGUGCGUUUUGGAAUAUGUGAGAAAUGUGAA